AUGUCAAGAAGCAGCAAGAACAAAUAUAUCUUUAAACAGAAAAGUGCAGCAUCGCGAAAUAGAGUAUCCGAAAUACCUAUCGAUGAUGGAAUAAUCCAGAUAAAUAAGCAUAAUAGACAGUCAUUGGGAAAUCAAAUCGACGGCUUUCUGCAAAACAAAAAAGUUUUAAACAACUUAACGCGAAGUUUGCGAAAAAGAAAGAAACAUGUGAAAAAUUCGAAUAAGGUUAUGAAUCAUUGGAAUAAUUACACGGGCAAUAAUGAUAUCACUGAAGAGGAUAUCUUAUCGAAUGUUGCGAGAUUUCCAAUCUGGCGAGUCUCAGAAUCAACACGUGCCGUAAUCAAUUUGGAUUCUACGACGAAUCCGUCAAUUAUGGAAACAAGAAAGAUAAUUAAUCGACCAUUGCUCGCGUUUGAGAAGCCGCCAUCGCAAUUAGAGAAUUUAGAUCACUCUGUGGAUAAAGCAAUAUUUCCUAUCGCUAGGCGGUAUCCAAAUUCGCGGAGAUUACUUGAUCUAAAUGCUUCUAAUAAAAAUCUAAUCCUUUCUAGAAUUGCAAAUCCGAAAUCAGAAGUUACGGACAUACAAAGUCCUGCUUUUAAAGGAUUAAAUAACAAAAUCUCUAACAAAAGAUAUUUGCUAGUACCGAUUUCUAAGAAUCUGUACGUUUUGAAGAACGUCCGAGAGAGUUCUCGAACAGAUGUAGAUAGAACAAUUAUACCUAAGCGAUAUAAAUUGUUAGAAAAAGAUAAGGAUACAACCUCGGCAAUCUUCUCGUUCAAGACAUAUAUGCAUCACGAUGUAAAAGAUGUACGUAAAGCGUAUCUUCAAAGAGACAAUCUCCAUUUACUUGAUCACGACAUGAAUUAUUUAUAUUCUACUCUUGAGCCUCGUGUUCCCAAAGAAAAUGAAAAUCUGGUGUCGCUGUCUCAUUCUGACUUCUUGUACCCGGAUAUUGCUUUUCAGACUGAUCCCAAUUUAAUCGACGUUACUUCUAAAAUUUCCGAAGAACAAGUUGUCUUCCCCGUUUUGGAUUACGAAAAUAUUUCCUUGGUGGAUAUUAACUUGCAUGACGGAAUCAAUUUUUAUGAUUCAUCGACACUUUCAAUAUCUUCUUCCUUCGAUAUUUCUGAUUACGAUGUAACUUCAAAGAAAAUCACGAAUUAUGAUCAACUGAGUACCUUAUUUGCGGCAAAAUUAAAUGAGAUAAAUACAAUUCGACAAAAUAGUGGAAAUUACGGAAAUUCUUUGAAAUACAGUGAGUUUGGUGUCGAAUUGACGACUAUCGAUUUCCGAGAUACUUUUGACACGCUCGAUGAAUAUAUAUAUACACUAGCUACUUUAGAAGAUGUUGAAAUAGAUUUAAUUAACGAUAAAGAAGUAUUUGAUACGCCACAAAAUCGAGAAGAUCCGAAAUUUUUAAUAGAAAGCAACGAAGAUAAAUCUAUAACAGACUUUAUAGAUGACAUUUCAACGCAAGAUAGAGCUGUCUUUGACGCAUCAAAUGAAGAUAAUACUUUCUUUCCAAAUAUCACUAACUACUUCGUUAAUAAUGGCAUUUUAAAUAGCCAAGAUAUAGAUAAUCAGGAAUACGGAAUUUCGAUUUCAAGCGAAUAUAACAAUAAAAUGUCAACACAUUCCAACGAUUUUUAUUACAAUAAUAGAUCAAUCGAGAUAUUGUUUACUAAUUAUACUACUGAAAUAGAUUCGUUUCUUAAAGAUGAUUACGUAACAUCUGCGCCGUUACUUCUAAGUACUGAUGAAUGGCUAUUGAAGAAAGCGCAGUCUAACGUAGAAAAUACAAAUGCUCUAUUAAUGGCAAUUAAACCAUUGUCCUCAGAGUUACAAAAAUUGCUAGGCGCAAUUCAGUUAGUCAAUCAAAGUAUGAGCAACGUGCAAAGUAGACUGUGUGAUAAAAAAAAUGUCGUCGGAUCAGCGAGGAUUGAGCGAGAGAGCAAAAAUAGAAACGCCACAAAUAUUACAAAGCUAGUUGAUAAAGUAGAUUAUUACAAUUCUGAUUUCUCUACAAAAAGUUUUAAUAAUCAGUCUUUGGAUAAGAGACGUAUUGAAAUCGAAGGUAAAAAUGUUGCAGAACGCGAUGUAAAAAUUAGAAGAAGUACUAUCUUUUUAAAUAAAUUGAUGACACCGUUUCAUAAAUACAAAAGCUCAAUUAGCGAUUUAGAAGUACAGAGCGGUCGCAGAAACUUCUUCAAAAAGAGAAAAUUGAAUAAGAGAGAGUUUUCCAAAUCAGGCGACAGAUUGUCUCAUUCAAGGUUUAAUAGAAAUUUAAAGUCUCUGACGAAAAAUUACGAAACACGAAUGAAACCAAUCCGACAGUUUAUCGGAUUGAAAAAAAUGAAGCGUACAACAACGCCAAUUUUAGGAUUAUCGCGUUUGAUUAAAAGUGACAUAUCGAGCAAAAAUUUUGCAGGCGGUAGACAAAAUCAUCCAGAGAAUGAUCAAAUAAAUAGAUCGAUUGCAUCGGAUAAUACACCCUCUUUAAAUAUGUCUGGUUCUGGUAAAGAAAAAAAAUUUCAUCUUACUGAUCCACAAUUUUAUAAGGAAGAGACGGCUUAUAUUGAUAUAUUUGAAUCAUUGAACAAAACUAAAAAAGUAGAUACUACUAUAUGGACCACGCAGAAACUAAUGGAGUCGUUGCCGUUAAUUAUCACAACUACAGAAUUUUUUGUACCUAGGUUAACAUUUUUGCCAUACUUUAUCGAGACACCGACAAUUACAGCUUCCAGUAUAAUUACAGAAAAGAAAGAAAUUUUCGAGAUAACUAAAUCAUCUUUAUAUGAAUACAUAACAAUUGUAUCAUUGACACAAUCGCCGGUUACGUUAAGUGCUUCUAUAAUACCAAUAUCGACUACGUUGCCACUACUUUAUAUGACAGAAUUAACAAUUCUUUCGAUGAAGGAAGCUGCAAUAUCAAUCACUGAUUUAACUAUAACACCAAUUGUUGCGAUUACUACUGAAGUAACUGAGAUUCCCAUCACAAUUCCAAUGAUAGAAAGUUUUACAAUCGAAUCUAUCAUGCUAUUAACUCCAUUUUUAGAAGGUAUGACGGAUAUUACUUUAAAGAUUACAAUUCUUGUAGCUACUAAAACUUUAAUUGAAGAGAUAUCCGCUGUAACAGAGGAGGAAAUUGUGGAAAGUAUAUCAACAAGUCUGGCAAUGGAAAUAACACAAAGUUCAUUUAUUGAAACAAAUAUAUCUUUAUAUACAUUCUUGACAGUACCAUUAUUUGGGACACAAACAGAAUUGAUGAUUGAAACUACAACUUCUAUUGUAUCAGUUUUAACAUCUCUAGCAAUUACAACAGCUUCUCAAAUUGCAACAUCAGAAUCUACUGUUGGCGAGAAUAUAACUUUGCAUAAAGUUGAGAGUACUGCAAUCACAAGUUCGCCUAUGGUUUUAGAACAAACGGAAACGAUUUUAAGUACGUCGACAGUAAUUGUGACAACAACUUUAAUACCGGAGGAUGAGAGUCCAGUGUCACAAAUUGAGAAAACUAUAACCGCGGAGGAAACAGCUACAGAAAUUCCAACGAUUACCGAAACUCCAAUACCUACUGAAAUUAUAAUAAUUACUACUGAAACUUUAACAAUAGCUACGGAGAUUCCAAUGACUAUAGAAGCUACAACAAUUAUAGAAACUUCAAUUCUUACUGAAAUUUUAGCAACUCUUAAAACUCCAAUUAUUGAAGAAACUGCAAGUACUAAAACUUCAACGCCCAGUACAAUUCUAAGCUCACUUAAAACUAAAACAACCGAAAUUUCGACAACUAGCAAAACUUUGACAAUUACUGAGAUUUCAUUUAUAAAAACUACAAUUACUGAAAUUCUACCGAUUAAUAAAACUAUGACAACUGCGGAAACACCAAUAACUAUCAAAACUUCGACAGCCAGCAAAAUACUAACGAUUAGUACAAUUCCAACUACUAUAUCUACAACAAUAACAACGGAAACUUUAACAUCUACUGAAAUUUUGACAACUUACAAAACUCCAAUUAUCAAAGAAACUACAAGUGCUAAAAUCAUAACGCCUACUGAAACUCUAAUGCCUAUUGAAACUUCGACAAUUACCGAAAUUACAACAUCUACAAAAAUUACUGAAUUUCUAAUGACUAAUAAAAGUGUAAUAACAAUGGGGACGCCAACAUCUAUCCAAAUCCUAAUAACUAGCGAAAUUCCAACGAUCAGUACAACUCCAACGACUAUAACUACAACAACAACAACGGAAACUUUAACAUCUACUGAAAUUUUGACAACUUACAAAACUCCAAUUAUCAAAGAAAUUACAGGUACUACAAUCAUAACACCUACUGAAACUCUAAUGCCUAUUGAAACUAAAACAACUAUUGAAACUUCGACAAUUACCGAAAUUACAACAUCUACAAAAAUUAUCGAAUUUCUAACGACUAAUAAAAGUGUAAUAACUAUGGGAACGCCAACAUCUAUCCAAAUCCUAACAACUAGCGAAAUUCCAACGAUCAGUACAACUCCAACGACUAUAGCUACAACAACAACAACGAAAACUUUAACAUCUACUGAAAUUUUGACAACUUACAAAACUCCAAUUAUCAAAGAAAUUACAGGUACUACAAUCAUAACACCUACUGAAACUCUAAUGCCUAUUGAAACUAAAACAACUAUUGAAACUUCGACAAUUACCGAAAUUACAACAUCUACAAAAAUUAUCGAAUUUCUAACGACUAAUAAAAGUGUAAUAACUAUGGGAACGCCAACAUCUAUCCAAAUCCUAACAACUAGCGAAAUUCCAACGAUCAGUACAACUCCAAUGACUAUAGCUACAACAACAGCAACAACGGAAACUUUAACAUCUACUGAAAUUUUGACAACUUACAAAACUCCAAUUAUCGAAGAAAUUACAGGUAUUACAAUCAUAACGCCUACUGAAACUCUAAUGCCUAUUGAAACUAAAACAACUAUUGAAACUUCGACAAUUACCGAAAUUACAACAUCUACAAAAAUUAUCGAAUUUCUAACGACUAAUAAAAGUGUAAUAACUAUGGGAACGCCAACAUCUAUCCAAAUCCUAACAACUAGCGAAAUUCCAACGAUCAGUACAACUCCAAUGACUAUAGCUACAACAACAGCAACAACGGAAACUUUAACAUCUACUGAAAUUUUGACAACUUACAAAACUCCAAUUAUCGAAGAAAUUACAGGUAUUACAAUCAUAACGCCUACUGUAACUUCAACGCCUAUUGAAAUUAAGAUAACUAUCGAAACUUCGACAAUUAUCGAGAUUUCAACAACUACAGAAAUUAUUACAAUCAGCAAAAUUCUAACGGUUACUGAAACUCUGGUAACUACAGAAACAGCAUUUACCGAAACUCCAAUAACCAGCGAAAUAUCAACGAUUAGUAUAAUUCCAACAAUUACAGAAAUUACAGCCACUACUGAAACUUUAACACUUACUGAAAUUAUAGCAACUACUAAAAUUCCAACAAUUAAAAAAAUCGUAAGUACUAAAGGUUUAACGCCAACAAUUACGGAAACUCUAUCAAGUACUGAAACUCAAAUGAUUACCGAAAUUUUAACAAUUACCGAAAGUUUAGAAUCCACAGAAAUUCCAAUACCUUCGACUACAUCUAUUACAACUGUGUUUUUCACAACGUCAGAAAGUACUACAUCAUUCGUGACAACGUCCUCGAAAGAAUUUUUUCCAACAUCAACUCUGUCUACUUUGACUACAAUUAUUAUUACUGAAACAGCUGAGACCAUUUUAAUUUCUUCAACGACACCUAUUGUAACGCUAUUACAAACGUUGAUUAUGAACACAACGCUAAGUGAAACGCCAUGUACUACAGUUUCUAGUAUGUUUUUGACUACGACAAAAGAAGCUAUUACAACUUCUUUCAAAACUGCAAUUCCAACUACAUCAUUAAAAAUAACAACGACAACGCCACUAUCAUUAAUUACAAGCACAAUCAAGUCAAGUGAAAUGCCGAAUACUACGCUUUCUACAUUUUUAAUAGAAGAGAUUACAACUUCUUUAAUACCUAUGACAACAUAUUCAUUUGAGACAUUACAUACUAAAGCUGCAUUAUCAAUUCCUACAACGGUAUCCACAAUCGAAACGAUUCUGACUACAUCAUUCAUCUUGACUAUGAACACCACAGUCUUCAGUACAACUGCUAGCACAAUCACAGAAGAGAAAAGUACAAUAUCUUCGCUUACAUAUUCGACGGUAACAACGCCUUCUAUCACUCAAAUUCCAAUCAAGCCUAUUGUGAUGGAUACUGGAACAACAGUUUAUGAGACUACAUCUACCUUAGUUACUUCCUCUCUUUUAACAGAGAUUAUUGAAGGUACAACGUCUUCUGUAAUAGAAUAUGAAGAAACUAAAGAAUCUGAAAGAUAUUAUGAAACCACGAGAGAAGAAAUAGCGACAGAACGUACAAUUCGGAUUACUACAAAAGAAGUUAUUAUCAUCGAAGAAACAACACCAAUAACGUUUUUUACGUUUUCUGUCGAAACGACUUCAGAAGCAACUUCUCCCGUAAUCGAAACGAUUACUUUACCCACGAUAACUAAAGAAACUUUAUUGAUUGAAAAAAUCACUGUUACUCCUGAAAUAAUGAUCGAAGAAAUGUCGUCAUUAUCGGAAGUUACAUUAAUUUCCACUGAAACAAGUACAAUGCCAACAAUAGAAACAAGUAUUACGAGUACCAGUUUGGUACUCACAACAACCGCAACGACUGCUUUACUUUUGGAAGAAACUGCCAUAGAAAUUACAGAAACAAGUUUGAUAACAACUAUUAUUACAACUGCUACAUUGUUGCCAACUAUUAAAAGACCAGAAUAUGUAACAAUUUUAGAAGCUGCAAUUACUGUGACGCUUGCUCCAUUUUCUGAAUUUAUUCUAUCAAUAAUAAUUACAUCGGAAACACCUAUGACUACAUCGGAAGUUAUUUCUACAUUGCCAAAAACUGUAUCAGAAGAGUUUACGAUGUCAGCGACUGAAAGUCCAUCAAUAACAUACGCUACUCCAAUUUCUAUAUUACUUAUCAAAACAACCAUUUCUCCCAUUGUUUCAAUUUCGACAGUAUCUACUGAAGAAUUGCUAGAAGCUGAAACGGAAUAUUAUAUAGCAAAAGAGCCAUUUUAUGAAGAAGAAUAUAAAGAAUAUGAAGAAUAUGAUACUGAAAUACCAACUGAAAGGUGGUAUUAUUAUGACGAAUACAAAACGACAAAAGAAACAGCCGUAACAGAAAAAUAUACGAAAUUACUUAAAGAAAAGACAACGAGUUCGCCUUUUAUUACUAUAUAUACUACAUCAUUCGUGACAACGUCCUCGAAAGAAUUUUUUCCAACAUCAACUCUGUCUACUUUGACUACAAUUAUUAUUACUGAAACAGCUGAGACCAUUUUAAUUUCUUCAACGACACCUAUUGUAACGCUAUUACAAACGUUGAUUAUGAACACAACGCUAAGUGAAACGCCAUGUACUACAGUUUCUAGUAUGUUUUUGACUACGACAAAAGAAGCUAUUACAACUUCUUUCAAAACUGCAAUUCCAACUACAUCAUUAAAAAUAACAACGACAACGCCACUAUCAUUAAUUACAAGCACAAUCAAGUCAAGUGAAAUGCCGAAUACUACGCUUUCUACAUUUUUAAUAGAAGAGAUUACAACUUCUUUAAUACCUAUGACAACAUAUUCAUUUGAGACAUUACAUACUAAAGCUGCAUUAUCAAUUCCUACAACGGUAUCCACAAUCGAAACGAUUCUGACUACAUCAUUCAUCUUGACUAUGAACACCACAGUCUUCAGUACAACUGCUAGCACAAUCACAGAAGAGAAAAGUACAAUAUCUUCGCUUACAUAUUCGACGGUAACAACGCCUUCUAUCACUCAAAUUCCAAUCAAGCCUAUUGUGAUGGAUACUGGAACAACAGUUUAUGAGACUACAUCUACCUUAGUUACUUCCUCUCUUUUAACAGAGAUUAUUGAAGGUACAACGUCUUCUGUAAUAGAAUAUGAAGAAACUAAAGAAUCUGAAAGAUAUUAUGAAACCACGAGAGAAGAAAUAGCGACAGAACGUACAAUUCGGAUUACUACAAAAGAAGUUAUUAUCAUCGAAGAAACAACACCAAUAACGUUUUUUACGUUUUCUGUCGAAACGACUUCAGAAGCAACUUCUCCCGUAAUCGAAACGAUUACUUUACCCACGAUAACUAAAGAAACUUUAUUGAUUGAAAAAAUCACUGUUACUCCUGAAAUAAUGAUCGAAGAAAUGUCGUCAUUAUCGGAAGUUACAUUAAUUUCCACUGAAACAAGUACAAUGCCAACAAUAGAAACAAGUAUUACGAGUACCAGUUUGGUACUCACAACAACCGCAACGACUGCUUUACUUUUGGAAGAAACUGCCAUAGAAAUUACAGAAACAAGUUUGAUAACAACUAUUAUUACAACUGCUACAUUGUUGCCAACUAUUAAAAGACCAGAAUAUGUAACAAUUUUAGAAGCUGCAAUUACUGUGACGCUUGCUCCAUUUUCUGAAUUUAUUCUAUCAAUAAUAAUUACAUCGGAAACACCUAUGACUACAUCGGAAGUUAUUUCUACAUUGCCAAAAACUGUAUCAGAAGAGUUUACGAUGUCAGCGACUGAAAGUCCAUCAAUAACAUACGCUACUCCAAUUUCUAUAUUACUUAUCAAAACAACCAUUUCUCCCAUUGUUUCAAUUUCGACAGUAUCUACUGAAGAAUUGCUAGAAGCUGAAACGGAAUAUUAUAUAGCAAAAGAGCCAUUUUAUGAAGAAGAAUAUAAAGAAUAUGAAGAAUAUGAUACUGAAAUACCAACUGAAAGGUGGUAUUAUUAUGACGAAUACAAAACGACAAAAGAAACAGCCGUAACAGAAAAAUAUACGAAAUUACUUAAAGAAAAGACAACGAGUUCGCCUUUUAUUACUAUAUAUACUACAUCAUUCGUGACAACGUCCUCGAAAGAAUUUUUUCCAACAUCAACUCUGUCUACUUUGACUACAAUUAUUAUUACUGAAACAGCUGAGACCAUUUUAAUUUCUUCAACGACACCUAUUGUAACGCUAUUACAAACGUUGAUUAUGAACACAACGCUAAGUGAAACGCCAUGUACUACAGUUUCUAGUAUGUUUUUGACUACGACAAAAGAAGCUAUUACAACUUCUUUCAAAACUGCAAUUCCAACUACAUCAUUAAAAAUAACAACGACAACGCCACUAUCAUUAAUUACAAGCACAAUCAAGUCAAGUGAAAUGCCGAAUACUACGCUUUCUACAUUUUUAAUAGAAGAGAUUACAACUUCUUUAAUACCUAUGACAACAUAUUCAUUUGAGACAUUACAUACUAAAGCUGCAUUAUCAAUUCCUACAACGGUAUCCACAAUCGAAACGAUUCUGACUACAUCAUUCAUCUUGACUAUGAACACCACAGUCUUCAGUACAACUGCUAGCACAAUCACAGAAGAGAAAAGUACAAUAUCUUCGCUUACAUAUUCGACGGUAACAACGCCUUCUAUCACUCAAAUUCCAAUCAAGCCUAUUGUGAUGGAUACUGGAACAACAGUUUAUGAGACUACAUCUACCUUAGUUACUUCCUCUCUUUUAACAGAGAUUAUUGAAGGUACAACGUCUUCUGUAAUAGAAUAUGAAGAAACUAAAGAAUCUGAAAGAUAUUAUGAAACCACGAGAGAAGAAAUAGCGACAGAACGUACAAUUCGGAUUACUACAAAAGAAGUUAUUAUCAUCGAAGAAACAACACCAAUAACGUUUUUUACGUUUUCUGUCGAAACGACUUCAGAAGCAACUUCUCCCGUAAUCGAAACGAUUACUUUACCCACGAUAACUAAAGAAACUUUAUUGAUUGAAAAAAUCACUGUUACUCCUGAAAUAAUGAUCGAAGAAAUGUCGUCAUUAUCGGAAGUUACAUUAAUUUCCACUGAAACAAGUACAAUGCCAACAAUAGAAACAAGUAUUACGAGUACCAGUUUGGUACUCACAACAACCGCAACGACUGCUUUACUUUUGGAAGAAACUGCCAUAGAAAUUACAGAAACAAGUUUGAUAACAACUAUUAUUACAACUGCUACAUUGUUGCCAACUACUAAAAGACCAGAAUAUGUAACAAUUUUAGAAGCUGCAAUUACUGUGACGCUUGCUCCAUUUUCUGAAUUUAUUCUAUCAAUAAUAAUUACAUCGGAAACACCUAUGACUACAUCGGAAGUUAUUUCUACAUUGCCAAAAACUGUAUCAGAAGAGUUUACGAUGUCAGCGACUGAAAGUCCAUCAAUAACAUACGCUACUCCAAUUUCUAUAUUACUUAUCAAAACAACCAUUUCUCCCAUUGUUUCAAUUUCGACAGUAUCUACUGAAGAAUUGCUAGAAGCUGAAACGGAAUAUUAUAUAGCAAAAGAGCCAUUUUAUGAAGAAGAAUAUAAAGAAUAUGAAGAAUAUGAUACUGAAAUACCAACUGAAAGGUGGUAUUAUUAUGAUGAAUACAAAACGACAAAAGAAACAGCCGUAACAGAAAAAUAUACGAAAUUACUUAAAGAAAAGACAACGAGUUCGCCUUUUAUUGAAGGCACAACAAUAUCUUUAUAUAAAAUAAUAACUUCGGAGUUUACAAAAUACCUAACACAUUCUGAAGCUGCAUCAACUUACAUUAAUGUGAUUUCAAUCGUGACUACUUCAGAAAUAUCUUAUACUGAAAAAAUUACUUCAACUUCUACCUUAGAAACGUCCACAUCGACUAUAGCUGAAAAUGUAACAACGGUUAAAAUGGAAACUGAGUUAACAGCGUCCACUACAAGUAAAGAAGUAGAACCAAUAAUAUGGUUAACUUUUGGUUCUACUGAAGAAUAUACUCUUCCCUCUUCAACAACUUUCAAAAUUUCGACGGAACCACUUGAAUAUCUAACGGUUCCUCCCAAGUACACGGCUAUAGAAUGGUUCACGGAAAUCUGGCUCACCUCACCAAAAUUCACUACAAAACCUAAAGAAAUUCCAAAGAUUGCAUUAAAAAAGACUACAAUUCCAGAAGAAGUUUCAGAGACUGAGACUGCCGUGGAAAAGUUAACUUCUUUUUUCAUCUCAUCAACGCUAACGACGUUACCGGAGAGAGAAGUUAUUGAAGUAUACAUAACAACUAUGAGUACUGCAUCUUCUGAAAUGGAAGAUAUUAUCAAAACCGCUUAUGAAGUUAUCACUUCAGCGAUUCUGGAAGAAGAGACUAUUCCGAGUGUAAUACCAUUUACCACGUCUGAAGCUGAAACUGAACUUGUAUUUACUACGAUGAGCAAAAGUGAACGAGAACUGUUGAACGAGUUACUACAACGAUUCGAAAAGCUCAAACAGUAUGAAAAAGAGAUGGCGGAGAGAGAAGAAAGGUUCAAGGAAAAAGAAAAACAGUGGGAAAUAGAAAAGGAAAAAUGCAAGAAAAUGAUGCAACGUACAUCUGUGACAUAUGCUCCAGAAGAAACAAUUAUACCUUACACUAUAGAGAAAAGCACAUUUAUCACAUACAUUACAAAAGAGACAGAGGAAACGCAAAUUAUAGAUUAUAUAACUUUAAUACCGUAUGUUACUACAACUAUCAUGGAUUUGUAUAAUAUCGGUUUAACUUCAAUUGAAUCUACAACUUUGUAUGCUACCAAAGAAAUGUAUACUAUAAGUUAUGUAUUCGAAACGACUCUAUUUAGUAUAACAGAGAAAACCAUAUCUGUGACAUAUACUACGGAGAAGACGGAGAAAGCAAUAGAAGAGAUUACAUUUACGCCAUACGUUAUGGAAGAAAUAGAGGAAGCGCCUUACACUACGGAGAGAAGCACAUCUAUUACAUAUCUUACAGAAGAAAUAGAAGAGAUACAAAUUACGGAUUAUAUAACCUUCUUAUAUAUCACUACAGCUAGUGUAGAUUUAUAUAGUAUCGGCUUAGCUACAAUUGAAACUACGACUCCUUAUACUGUUAGAGAAAUAUAUACUACGAGUUACAUAACUCUUUAUAGCGAACCUUUAUUCGUUUCACCUACUAUUACUAGUCCAACUACUAUUACAUUAGUCACCAGUAAGUUCAUUACUUUACCUAUUAUUACAUUUAGUAAAAGAUUUGAAGAAAUCAGUGUAACUUCAGUUACAACCCCUACGUGGUACACUACAGAAGAAACAUACAUAGCAACUUAUACAGAUAUUUAUGGUAAACCUUUAUUCACUUCACCGGAAUUAGAGUUUAUAAUCACUUUAUCAACUAUAGCUAUUAGUACGACUACAGAGGUAAAAUACUAUGAGGAAAUAAAAAAAUUAAGAGAAAAAUUGCGUAAGAAAGAGCGCGAAUUAGAAGAGAGAGAAAAGAUUCUAUUGGAAAGAGAGAAAAGAUUGGAAAAAGAUAUAAUGGAAUUUAAUAAAUACGUGAAAGAAUUUGAAAAGAAAAAAACAUCGUUCGAGACUAUGUUCACAAGUUUAUCAACGCCAGUGCCGCCGACUGAAAGAACUACUGUAAAAGCUCAAUUAACAACGCAGAUUAAAAAGAUAACCGAAAAGAAAGAAAAUCGAAUGACUACAAAGAUGGGAAUUACUCAACAUACAGAAAUGAAAGAUAUCGAAGAAAAGGAAAUAACGUAUAUUCCUGAAAAACCUGUCACGCAGGAAGAAGAAGAAAUAAUGACAAAACGAGUUUGUCUGAACGUUUUAGAAAAUACAACGAUUCCUUUCGAUAAAAAAAGAAGAGAUAUUGUAACCAAAAAGAUCUGUCUGCCGUACGUUCUGGAAAAAAAAGAAGAAGAAAAGAAAUCAGUUGGUCGAUUAAGCAGAAGACUUCUCGCUUUACCAAAUACGAAGAAAAUUAAAAGACCGAGAUGGAAUGUUCCAUUCAAUUUUCGACAUCGCAGAAGAGAGAAAGAGACUAUUCGUAAGAUUGACAAUCUGCAGCUGUUGGAUUAUGACUGGCUGAGCAACGAUAUCACUAAGCCAUUGCAAUAUUUUAAAGGUUUCACUAGACUUUAUAGAAAAAAGAAGAAAUUUCCAAAAAAGAUUGCAAUGCAAAAAAACACGACCGAUGAUUUUCAAAAUAGUACUUCUCUAUGUGAACAACGUUUUACAAAUGUUUUUCAUUAUCAUGAAAGUGUCUUCCAACCAACUGCAACGUUCAUGUUGAAUAGUAAAAAAUAUGAAAAAAAAAACGCAUUCUUCAGGCACGGUUUGAUUACCACAAGAAAAAGUGACUGUUACAUUGACAACAAAGCAAGUAUUCGAAAGAGAGACGUUUCAUCGAUAGAGUACAAUGAACGGUCGAAGAAAAAUACAGUCAAUAUUUCAAAUGAAAAAGCAAUAACUGCAGCCGAUGAAAUUUAUACGAUAAACGUACUGCACCUUAAUUACGAUGAGGAUAAACAAACGCAUAAAGUAAUAUCUGCUAAACCAGAUGAAGACGAACUAACAGCAAUUUUAUUUGAAUCAAAUGAUGAUAUUUAUGUAACUAAAUUUAGAAAAAAUAAGAAAAUCACAACGCCAAACUAUAAGAUUGAAGAAGAGAAAAAUGAAGAUAAUGAAAUAUCAGACAAAAUGGAAAAAAAAAUAGAAGAAUAUAAUGACUAUAUCGAGGAUUUAGUAGAAGAUUACAUGAAUUAUAAGGAACAUGAAACAUCAACACAAAUAUAUAAUGGGAGAUUAUUAGAUAAUGGAAAUAAGGAUAAAAAAAUGACAAAAAAUGAAAAAGAAUUAUUGAAUCAAAUGUGGCCUACUGAGAAAAAUACAAUGUAUCAUUUAGGCGGUGCUAGAUUAUGGGAGCUCGAUUUUGUUACGGAAUCCACAGUUGUAUUAUCUACGACAACUGAUAAAAGUAAAACCAUUAAUAGAUCGAUCAUUAGAACGACCUGUUUUGAUGCUGUUCUUAAAAGAAAUGACAAAAUAAAAUCUAAUAUAUCUUAUUAUAAACACCACUUUAAUAGCAAUAAGAUAACAAAACUUGUUUCUAUUGAAAAACGAGAUGUCAGUCUUGAAAACGUAACGAGAAUGAAUGCAUUGCGUUACGAGUUAAGAACGAAGCAACCUAGGGUAACAAAGAAAUUAAAACGCGAAUCGCAAAAGUACAAACCAAAUCAUUACAAGCAGCAAAGUUUCGAAAAGAAAAGAAUAGUAAGACUUAACGAUUUCCGAUGUACCAGCGAAGAUUCAACAGUGAAAAACCGCAAGCUAUGCAUUGCUAAUACGAACAAAUUGAAGCGUCAAAUUGUUAGGCAUGAAGAUACAAACAAACACAAAAAGAAGCAACUAGCAAAAUCGCAAACAUCACAAAAUUUACAUUCCCUUCAUAAUACAGAUAAUGGUAUCGUAAAUAAAAAAAAUGCAUAUCGUAAAACGACUGCCAAUCAAUAUCUUCAAGUCAGAACAAGCUUCUCAUUAAACGAAAUUAAGGCACUUAAUUGCAGCGAAUAUAAAGAGAUACAGGAUAAAAUAGUGAUCUCAAUGGAUUCCGACAUGGAGGAAGCCAAAGAAUUUCCCCAAUCGCAUUACAACAUUGAAUCACUUAAGGGACAGAAAUAUAUUAAACUAGAAGAACUAGAAGACAAUUUGAAAAGCAACUCGGAACUUGACAGCGAUAAUGAUGUUGUUUCAUUACCCGGUCUUAAUCUCAAUUUACCCUGUAAUCAAGACAGCAAUAGUAUCACAUGGCUAUCAAGCAUUAGCAGACCGAGUUACACAUGGAAAAGAACGGAUGGUAUUGCACUCUUCGGUUUCGUGAUGGAAAAUGGCGAUUUGGAAUUGCGAAAUGUGAAUGCGAAAGACACGGGAAAUUACACCUGUGUCAUGACGUACAUGAGCCCCGAUAAUGAAGAAUCCGUGGAAACCACUUACGAAAUCCAUUUGCAAGUUGUCACGCUGCCGAGGUAUAUUGUGCAUGGAGAAAAUCGUUAUCAUGUACGAUCUUGUGACGAAGGAGAUUUGGAUGUGCUGGUAACAUAUUUACCUCCAAAAUUGAAUAAUAUUAUAUGCGAGGCAGAUGUUUGCAACGCUUACGUCUUAACACCGUCUUGCUCCCGAAGUCAAAUUACAGUAAAUAUUCUGUUAGUGCCAUCGCAUAUCGUUAAACUAAUGACGAUCGAUCUCAAACGCUGCAACGUCUUCUGUCUUAAAGCCAUUCAAGAUAAACUUUCGCUGAUACUGAGUAAAAAUCUGCAAAUCUUCCUCGGAAAGACUAUUAUUUUCAGAUUGCCGCAUUACGAGCAGAGACUGGUGCCGAUCGUUGAAAAGUCAUCGUUCGCAAGACGGAAGAGAGGGAAAACCGAUGCAAACGUAUCCGCCGGAAAAUCCAGUAAUAUCGGCUUAUUCUCCAGCUGUCCAGCGGGAUAUGGUCUUCGUGAUACACAUUGUGUUCCUUGUAACGUGGGCACUUAUAGCGAGGACGGAAUAUCGCACUGUAAAAGAUGCCCACCCGGUACGUAUCAACCGAAUCACGGUGCCAGAGUUUGUCGUACGUGCACUAAUCCAACGACAAAAGGUUGUUACAAUAUGCUCUGGAAUUCUUUCUCCGCUGUAAUGGUAACUUUGGCGAGUAUUGGCGCAAUACUGUCGAUAUGCUUGCUGUUACUAUGGAUAAUCUGCUGCGCUAAGAAGAAAUUCUACGUAAAGCGAAUAGCUGGUCUUAUUAUUAGGGAAAAUACGUUUGAAAAAGAGAAACAUGUGGAGGAGCAACCGUUGAUUAAAAAUGCAAGUGAAAAUGAAGAUCAGCAAUGGGACAGCGAGUACAGAAGCAAGAAAAAGAAAGGAAAGUUUUAUCUAUACGAAGAUGAAUGGGGAUCGCAUCGUAUAAAGAAUGUUCCAAUAAUUAGCCCAGACUCUUAUCGAUCUCAUGAAGAUUAUAACAAUCAUUCUCUUCUUGCCUAUCGGAACAAGCCGAUUUUAUAUGGGGUCGGCAAAACUCGAACUCGGAACGGUAUCACGAAUUGAACGCACAAAGCGUGUAAUCACAGACGCCCGAGGGCAAUUGCUACAGUGUGCAAGUGA